AUGGGUGUAGACAAAGAAACCAACGUUGGGACUGCAAGUCCCGUCUCAGAGGAGGCACCAGAAGUGGGCUCCAUUCGAGAGCUCAAGUCGUUACAUAUAGACGGUCUCGAUCCAGUCUUUGAGCAUCAAGCUCGACUCGUGAACCAUGCAGUCCAGUGCAUUGGCAUGGGAAAGUACCAAUGGGCACUCUUCGUCCUCUGCGGAUAUGGCUGGUUGUGCGAUCAACUCUGGCAAACAACCGUUUCAGACGCCCUUGCUCAAGUUGCCGUCGAGUUCACUCCAAAGCACUCGGCGUUUUUGUCCCUUGCUCUGAUAGCCGGACUGGUCGUCGGGGCGACUUUCUGGGGGCUUGGAUGUGACUUGAUUGGCAGACGACUGGCAUUCAAUCUGACCCUUUUUUUGGCUGGGGUAUUCGGCACCGCUGCAGGAGCUGCCAAUAGCUUCGUCAGCUGUGCUGUUCUCGUCUCGUUUUGCGGGUUUGGUGUUGGAGGAAACUUGCCCGUCGAUUCCGCUGUCUUCCUCGAAUUCCUUCCUGGCACACACCAGUACCUGCUUGAGAUCUUGGCCGUCUGGUGGUCCAUCGGUCAAGCUAUCCCAGCAGGAGCUGCCUGGGGCUUCCUUCCUAACUUCUCGUGCAGCGCCGACACCCCAAUCGGACAAUGCCACAAGAAGGACAACAUGGGAUGGAGGUAUCUGAUGUACACCAUGGGUGGCAUCACCUUAGCUGCUUUCUUUGCUCGCUUCGUCUUCUUCCGACUUCGGGAAAGCCCUCGGUAUCUUAUCGGUCAGGGACGAUACCAAGAAGCCAUCGACGUGCUCAACGACAUUGCGAAUUACAACGGCACCACGCAACCACUGACGGUGGAAGAUCUGCUGCAAGUCGAGCGAGACUAUGCAAACGCCGGACACCCUGCAGCAAUCAAGAGACCAACCACCUGGCAACGCACGCUGGCCCAAUUCCGGCCUGGUGGCUUCAAGCACGUUCGAGCCUUAUUUUCCACCAAGAAGGUCGCUUAUAGCACCACGCUGAUCAUUCUCGUAUGGGGAAUGAUAGGCUUAAGUUCACCUUUAUACGCAAACUUCCUCCCAGAAUACCUGGCAUUGCACGGAGCGCAAAGCGGCUCGAAUAGCAUCGGCAUCACAUACCGCAAUAACUUCAUCAUCAUCGCUUGCUCCAUUCCUGGUACUCUGAUGGCAGGGUGGUUUAUCGGACUGCCAUAUGUUGGCAGAAGAGGCACGCUCGGGAUUGCGUUGAUCUUGACAUCCGUCUUCGAGUUCGCCUUCACAGCAGCGAGAACGCAAGCAUCAAUCCUUGCGUUCAACUGCAUAACCAGCUUUGUCUCUUAUAUCAUGUGGGGAGCUCUGUAUUGUUACACCCCGGAAGUCAUCCCCAGCGUGCAUCGAGGAACGGGGUGCGGUUUGGCGGCAGCAUUCAACCGCAUCUGUGGUCUUAUGGCACCGAUCAUAGCGACCUAUGUCGGCUACACAAACACGCCCAUCUUCGUCUCGGCGAGUUUGUACAUUGUUGCUGGGUUGAUAAGCUUUAUCUUCCCGUAUGAGACGAGCGGUAAGGCAAGUCUGUGA